AUGAGUAAAUCAGAUAGUAGCAUAGAGAGCGUUCAACAAUCAAACACUAGAUUGCAGGAUUCUUUCGCUUCCAGGAGAAGAUCAUUUCGAAAUCUGAUAACAGAAAUUACUCACAGUGCUGAUCAUAUUAAGGAAAUGAAAAUGAAUAUAGAUAGGAAAAGGAUAAAACCGACUAGACUAACCAAUAGGGAUAUUGAAGAAUCGAUUCUUAUUUUUAAUCCACCAAGCUGGCGAUGGCAAGAAAGAAAAGCGGAAGAGUUGGACUUAACAAUUGAUCGAAUAUUGUGGCGCACCAAGUCUCCAUGGCACAUUGUCACAAUAGACACUCCACCGAAACAUUGCGAACAGGUUGCGGGAGAUGGAAAUUGUCUGUUCAGAUCUUUCAGUUUUUGGAUAACCGGAUCAGAAGAUGCUCAUCUUGCCGUUCGAGAAUUGAUAAUUCGUGAACUCGCUAGUAACCCCAGAACCUACCUCUCUCAAACUUCUCACACAAGUUUUGAGUCGUACAUACGAGAGACAGGAAUGCAUCAAGAAGGAGUUUGGGGUUCGGAAAUAGAAAUUUUUGUGGCAGCAACUUUGCUCAACACUCCUAUUGCCGUUUUUGCCGCCUUUGGUGAUCGACAACUUUGGCAGGUUUUUAGGCCUUACGCCAAAGUAACCGGACACAAUAACAAUGGUGUCACUUCUCGAAACCGUAAUUCGUCGCUAACAUCAUCAGGAACAAAUGAACCUACGACCAUGUUGUACCUGCAUAACAGUAGCAACCAUUUUGAACCAGUUUUGGAUGUGUGA